UGGUGGCAAAACUUGACAAGACCACAGCAAAAGUCUAUAAUCCAUAAGUUGUUAGAUCAGUUGGAAGUUUCCAACAAGCAGCUUAGAAUGAAGGCAGCUCGAUGUACUUAUUUGGCACAGGGUUGUUGGGCUGAGGUACAGUCUGACAAGGAACAACAAGACUGGACUAACAACGUAAUGUUACUCUAUGAAGUUGGAAUUUUUCCGGCGUUUGUUGAACUGCUGAACAUUGAAAUUGAAAAUAGCACAACUGCUACCUCAGCGAUGAGAAAACUAGCUGUUAGUCUUGCUGAUUCGAUAGACUUAAGAGUCAUUCUGUCCGUUUUGUACGUUAUGACAGAAGUUAUGAGAGAAGAAUUAAGAGAUAUCGAGCACAGUGAAUACAAACACAAUGUUGAAGCUUUUAAGGAAGAUCUUGUAAAUCCGUAUGGAGAAGAAUUACUGAUUGUGAAGCUUCUCGGUAUGGUGACAUGCUUCUGCAGUGGCUCAGCACCACAUUUCCCCAUGAAAAAAGUUCUCUUGCUUCUGUGGAAAUUGAUACUGGUUUCUCUUGGUGGUAUUGACGCACUAAGAGAUUUGAAGAAGGUUUACCGCGAGGAAGCUGGUCUUGAUACGCAACAGGAGGACACUAUCGAAGUCGCAAGAACAAUGAGAGCGAGUUCUCCACCUAUGAGUGCGGCAGAUUUGUUAGAAACGCAAAACCAGAAAAGAAACAAUCGACCUUUUCGAAGGAGUUUGAUGAAACAAAGCUCGUUAGAUGAUCCAGGGUUAGGUAUGGAAUAUGAAGGAGGCGAACCUCCCAAUAAUACUGGAACAAAUGAGGGAGAUGGUGAACUGAUUGUAUUCCUGGGUCCUGGUGGCCCUGGUGGCUGGAAUCAAACAUAUUACGAAGAUCAGAAUAAUCAGUCGCAACUGAGGCCAGGUACUCCACAGCUUAAGGGCAAAGGUCUACCGUGGACACCCAAAGUGAGACAAAAGGAUGUGGAUACCUUCCUUGAGGUUGCCAGAAUGAAAUUCGUCGGUUACAAAUUGCAAGGAGAUAGAGAAAGUUUAGCAGGUUUGCCACAACCAAUUCACGAAGGUGUCACUACACUUAAAAAGCACAUGUAUACGUCCCUAGCGGAAAUUCAGAUACAAAAGGAAGAAGAGAUUGGCAGAAACCCAAUGAGUACUUCAGAACCACCGCUUCGUCAGACACCGACAGAAAUUCUUUAUCAAGCUAUAUUACCAAAUUUGCCACAAUACAUGAUCGCAUUGCUAAAAAUAUUGCUUGCUGCUGCGCCGACUAGCAAGGCUAAAACGGACAGCAUUAAUAUUUUGGCGGAUGUGUUGCCGGAAGAAAUGCCAAUGACCGUGCUGCAAUCGAUGAAAUUAGGAAUAGAUGUUAAUCGACAUAAGGAGAUCAUUGUUAAAGCCGUUUCUGCAAUUUUAUUGCUGUUGCUCAAACAUUUCAAGUUGAACCACGUCUAUCAAUUCGAAUUUAUGUCGCAGCAUUUAGUAUUCGCUAAUUGCAUACCUCUUGUGUUGAAAUUUUUAAAUCAGAACAUCAUAGCUUAUAUCGAAGCAAAGAAUGUUAUUCCUAUUUUGGACUUUCCUAUGUGCGUUAUUGGCGACCAACCAGAAUUAACUACCGAGAGUCUCGAAAUUGGCCACAGUCAGUCCUUCUCAUGGAGAAAUGUUUUCUCCUGCAUCAAUUUACUAAGAAUUUUGAACAAAUUAACCAAAUGGAAGCACAGUAGAAUAAUGAUGUUAGUUGUCUUCAAAUCCGCACCUAUUUUAAAACGUACAUUGAAAGUGAGACAUGCAAUGAUGCAGUUGUACGUUUUGAAAUUAUUGAAAAUGCAAACGAAAUAUCUCGGUCGGCAGUGGAGAAAGACGAACAUGAAAACUAUAAGUGUCAUUUAUGCGAAGGUUCGACAUCGUUUAAACGACGACUGGGCGUAUGGCAAUGAUUUGGAAGCGCGACCAUGGGAUUUUCAAGUCGAAGAGUGCGAGCUACGUACAUGCGUUGAUCAAUUCAACAACCGAAGAUAUUCGAACAUACCGCGAGACGAAGAAAUGGAACCGAUUGACGCCUCAGUAACGUCGGUGCUUGGUGCGAAUGUGGAAUUGACUGAGGAGUUUAAGCAGCAUUACGAAUUAUGGCUGCAGCAAGAGGUAUUUCAGAGGAGUAUUAAUUGGGACGAACUAUUGGACCCCACGGCGUGUGAGAUUUAAGUUUUAUAUAAGCUUAAACGCAUUGAAAUCGUACUUUCAUUGAAUCAUAAAAAACCUGAAAUCACGACAUUUUUACGAAUUACUGUACCGUUGUGAGAAGUGUUCAAACGAUAAAAAUAAACAUUGCCAUAUCGACACUGCAGAAAUUUCAAAGUUUUGCACCGCGGCGAAUGGUCCUAAUUUAGGAGACGAGGGAACUUCUGAUGGAGAACGUGUAACAUUUCAAAUUUCUUUUAUAUUUCUUUUUGUGCAAUGCAGACAUAGUGCUUGUAGUCAUUUUUUAUCAUUAGAUAUCCAAUUUUAAAUAAAUAUAUAAUCUUAUCUUAUACACGAUUAUUAGAGUUUUAGGAUACAUUUUAAUAAAUCAUGUUGAUUUCUGCUGUUAACAAUACUUUAUUCCGAACUUACGUAAAUGCAAUAUACCAUGUGCGUAAUUUUCGGGUAUAUACUAACACGCCGAAUUCAAUUUCCUACAUUUUAUAUGUUUUUUUACAUGUCCUUGACCCCUUUCUAUCGCAAUGAACAUAUACAAACUUCAAAAGAAUCUUGAUGUACAUGUGCAAAGACUAUCUUGCUUCCUUCCAGUCUGCACUAUUUGAUAACACAGACAUAUAUAAAAAAUAUAUAUAUAUAUAGCUCUAUUAUAUAUAUAAAUUAUAUAUAUAUAUCUUCGGUUCAUCGUUAAUCAUGCCAUCAAUUUGUAUCUAUAUAUUCAUGUAUAGUUGGUCUUAUAUAAGAUUGAGAGAAAGAAAGAGAGAGUUAAAUAGCGUGAUUAUCAUGAGUCGCAGAAGUUGAUACUGUAUAAGAUGCAAGAUGAUCGAUUGCUGUUUACUCAGUACAUUUAGAAUAAAGGUUUUUCACAGCAUAAGUAUACACACAUACAGCAAUUCAAUUUUCUCUUGUUUAUUUAUAAUCACAUAAUCGAAUAAUCUCACACAGAUCUCUAGCGCUGAAUAAUUUAUGCUAUCAAAGACACUUGUACAAUAUGUCGCGAUUGGCACCAUGUUUCGAUUGUCAAGGUUUAAUAAAACUGAUCCAAAUAGGAAGAUCUGACAUUCAUUUCUUUGUAUGAAUCUUAAGAUAUUGAGCUUAAUGUUGGAUAAAAGACGAAUUAUGUCCCUGAAUCGAGAUCGCGAUUCAAAUCGGACAUAAUAAACGUUGUAGACGAGAUAAAAAAA